GAGCCUGCAGCCGGUGCUUGCGCCAUGGUGUCGAUGUCGUUGCUGGAGGAAUUAAGGGACGCGGAAUACAGGAGCUCGUUUGGGUAUUAGGUGAUGGCGUAUCUACAGAAAUUCGUGGUCUCGUCAGAUAGCUUGGGGAGGAAGUCAAACCGAUUAUUACACAGAUCUGGCCAGGCUGUGAAUAAUCUGUAAAAGGGGACGAGGAGCAUUCAUACGUCGGUCUUGGCCAGCAGCUCUUUGCUCCGCCUCCAUUGUCCAGAAGUACUUUGAGGUCCCACAGCCAUGGAUAUCUGAUUGGCUGUAAGAGCUGCAGCUCACGUGGUCGGACAAGGCAUGGAUAAACUUCGGAUCUUCCCCGCUGCCAAUAUCCGUCCCCGAUAACUUGGCGCUGUUCAAUAAUUUUCAAAUCAUCUUGGGACUUCUUCAAGCCCGGCAUCUCCCACUUCUCGCAACGCAGCACAUUCCACCAAAGAUUCGUCAAGAUGCCGAUUAUCAUGCCAAAGGGCGCGGCGCUUGCUUCCAAAGCACCCGCACAACACAAGCAACCAUCGCGAAAAGGCAAGAAAGCGUGGCGGAAAAAUGUCGAUGUCACCGAGGUACAGGAGGGUCUGGAGGAGGUGCGAGAACAAAUAAUCAAAGGGUAAGAAAUGGACCUCGAACAGAAACAUUGCAAUUCAAGGCUGAUUGUUCCCUGCAGAGGAGUAAUUGUUGAAAAGGACUCUGCGGAUCUUUUCAUGGUUGAUGUCGAUGGAGACGCAGCCAUUCCAAAGAAAUUCAUCAAGGCCCCCAAGACGCUUAAAGCCGACGAAAUCAUUGCUCAAAGAUCUCUGGUUCCGGCAGUAUCCAUGCGAAAACGCCCUGUCGAGAAAACCACCGAUGGCAUUAUUGAACCCAAGCGGCAAAGGACGAGCUAUGUCUCGCAUAAGGAGCUUGCUAGACUUCGAAAGAUUGCGGAUGGACAGAGGGAGGAGGCUUUGGCGGUAGUCAAGGAGGCAUCAUUCGAUCCAUGGGAUGCUGCACGGGAUGAAGAAGAGGUCAAGAUUGACCCGCGAUUUACCUUUCUCGAAAAGCCCAAGAAAAAAGUGGCGCCCAAAUCUUUGAAGGAGAGACCAAUUUCGUUAGCAGCGAGUGGAAAGAAUAUUCCGGCCGUGAAAAAACCGGAAGGUGGUUUCAGUUAUAAUCCCGUAUACACUGAUUACGAACAGCGAUUAAUGGCCGAGGGUGAGAAGGAGUUGGAAGCUGAGAACAAACGUCGCGAAAUGGUAGAAGCAGAAAAACUCAAACUUGAGGCGUCUUUGAAGUCGGCAGCGGAGGCUGACGCGGCAGAAGCAAGAGCUGAUUUGUCGGAGUGGGAAGAAGAUUCCGCAUGGGAGGGAUUUGAGAGCGGUGCCGAAGAUGUUCGAUUGAAUGCUAGCAGACCAGAAAGAAAAACGCAGGUGCAGAGGAACAAGAUUAAGCGAAGGAAGGAGGCAGAGCGACAAGCAAAGAUGGAGGCAAACAUCAAAAAGAAGAAUGAGGAAGUGGCAAACAUCAAGAAAAUCACCAAGGCAUUAAAAGAGAAGGAGCAGGCACGUGCCCUCGCACAACUUGAAGCCAAUAAUUCGGACAGCAGCGAUGGAGAUGAUCUUGAACUUCGAAGACGGAAACUUGGCAAGAUUGCUUUGCCAGAAAGAGAUCUGGAGUUGGUUCUGCCUGAUGAGUUACAGGAGUCCUUGCGUUUAUUAAAGCCUGAAGGCAACUUGUUAAAAGAUAGAUAUCGGAAUCUUCUCGUCAGAGGUAAACUGGAGAGUCGACGACCUAUUAGUUUCUCGAAGAAGCCCAAGGUUAAGGCGACGGAGAAGUGGACGCAUAAGGAUUUCAUGUUGCAUUAGAUGUAUUGCGACGGGAAUCAUACGAUACAUGAACUGGGUCGGAGUUAUAUCCUCCUUCAAUAAAGAAGCAAAAUGGAGUUACUGUAGACUUUGUGUUUCCUAAUUUACCGAUCCUUUCCUUUCUUC